AUGACAUCUACUUAUCUCCCAUUUGGGAAUUACUCAUCUUUCUCAGGAACUAAGUCACCAGCCAAUGUUACCACAUUUAGCAGAACUUCCACACCAGCAAAAAGCUCAACAGACUUUGUUAAUUCGUCAGUGAGCAACGCCACAGUAACUUCAUUGCCAACGGUAGAAACUUCAGCCGGAAAUAACGCGUCUCACAGCACCCCACAUGAAAAGACAUCUAAUGUUACUAUAGUCAGCGCAGCUUCCUCACCAACAAACAGUUCAACAAACAUUGAUAAUUCAUCUAUUAGUACAGCCUCACCAACACAUACACCAACCAAAAAUAAUUCAUCAUUUUCCACAUCGUAUUUGAGCAUAACAGCUGACACCGCGAACAACACUCAGGCCUCACUGACACCAUUCACAAAUGAAAGCCUUACAUCAACUGGAACACAUGCAUUAGCCAUAAGCAACACAACUGCCCAAGGCGUCAGCUCUCCGUCAGCAAUGGUAUUUAAUGGAAGCGCAAGUACCGUUACAUCUCUUGCAACCUCAGUGAACAAAAACAGCACAAAUUCUCUGAUUACUAACAUAUCUGGAAUAACAGUAUCAUCUAUCAACAACAGUAAUUUGUCGUAUAACAUAUCAGGGACCGUCUCAUCCUCUGCAAUUGAAAGAAAUAAUAGUAUGACGGAUCUCUCGUCACUUUCACUCUCACACAGCACGAGUGAGAGUGGAACUUCUGCAGCAGCACCACAAGAAACACUUGAUAUCUCAAAUCCACCUGUGACGAAGGCGCCAUCCAACGACAAAACACUCAUUAUCUACAUAAUCAAAACGAUUAUCAUGUACGUUUAUCCAACAACAACGACGACACCAAUCAGCACUACAACAGACGAGAACGGGUAG